UAUGAUAGACGCGUGUCUGUAGCGACACAAGUGGCUGUGUAGUCUCAGGGAGUUAGCACCAGCUAGCAAGCGCGAGUGACAACUUGCGAGAAAACAACCCUGUAGCCUAGGCUACAUCUGAAGAAAGCGUCAGAACGCUUUCUUUUUUGUACAUAGCUGUUGGUAGUUACCUCAGUCACUACUGGAUUUCUUUAACAUCUAAAUUUGUAGAUCUGUAGCUAUCGUGUAUAUUUUCGGGGAACACUAGGAAGAAGAAAAGUCGGAAUGGUGUGCCGCAAACUAAAUCUUCCCACUUCCUGCCGCUGAUUUCUGGAUGGAAUUACGACGUGGGGACGCUAGCGAGAUGGCAAUCACGGUAUUACAGGGCAAUGCGCAUUGUGCUGCUCCACGGGCCUGUUCAAACUAUCCUUCUGACGCUGCUGCUCAGCGGGAUGAUGGUACCGUCUUUGGGAAUUGUGGGAUUGAAAGCAUUUGCGAUGGCGUCAGAUACGUAUACGUCAGGCACACACUCUGCCGCCUUCGUCACGUGUCCCAAUGAACAGGUGGCCAAAGAUCUGGCAAGGGGGCUUGUGGAGAAGAAGCUGGCGGCCUGCGUCAAUAUUGUGCCCAAGAUUGUCUCUAUAUACGAGUGGCAGGGGAAAAUCGAAGAGGACAAUGAAGUGUUGCUGAUGAUUAAAACCAGAAGCUCAAAGGUGCCAGCUUUGGCAGAAUAUGUUAGAUCGAAGCAUCCCUACGAAGUGGCCGAAGUCAUCAGUCUGCCCAUUGACCAGGGAAACCCCCCCUACCUGAAGUGGCUGGGUGAGGUGAUCCCAGAAUAAGUGCUCGUAUGAACCUCAAAGCCCCCGCCCUCCUCCCCUGCCCCCUCCCCCCUCCC